UCACUGGAUAAAUCAUGAAUUCUUCCAUUGGUUAUGCCGUUGCGGAAUGCAAUUCUUAUUUUUCACAUGCACUGUCAUUCAAUACUUCCAUAAUUGUAAUUUUUCUGUGCUUAGGAUUUCUUGGAAACGCUCAAGUGUUGUACCUUUACAAAUACAAGAUGCCGCAAACAGAGGAACGGUUCUUCAUACCACAUUUAGCUGUGGCUGAUCUGCUUUCCUCUGUGUGUUUAGCUUCACUAGGAAUUACUAUUAACUUCCAUUACAUUCAUUUUCCACAUGAAGUCUUGUGUCAAUUUCUUCAUUAUAUUUCUUGGGUGACAACAUCCUGGUCAGCCUUUAUCCUUUUGAUGAUUUCAAUCAGCAGAUAUCUGAAGAUUUGUCGUCCAAAUGGAAGACAGAUGUCAAUUUUCGCCAAGAAAUGCGCCGUAGGCUGUUGUCUGAUUUUUGCAAUCAUUAACACAGUUCCGGUUGGAUAUUUUGCUGGAAAUCGAUAUCAGGAUGUAAGUUGUUUGCAAAACAAUGUUACAGUGAAGAUGUGCGAAUUGAGGGAGUUUAAAGGAACAACACACAUAUUAAAAAUGGUUUAUAUUUUCUUUGAAAUAUUUGUUCUUUUUUCCAAUGUUGGGAUCACUGCCGCAUUGUAUAUUCCAAUUGGCCUUCAGAUUUUCCGGCGAUUUAAAGGAAAAACUGAUGCAAAAUUUACUUACCAUGUAAAUGAUGUACAAAGCGAAGUAAAAAUAGAUUCAGCAGAUGAUGAAUUAGGGUUCUCAAAAGAAAUAUCUGCGACAUACAUAGAAAUGACUAGUGUAGGUCCAUUGAACAAAACCGAGUCUAACGCCGAGGAGAUGUCAAUUGAGAGGAAAGAUAACAAAUCACCAGAUAAUUUUGAUUCAGAAGUGGGAAUAAAAGUCGUGAAAUCGGAAAUUAAAGGAACGGAAAAUUCAAACACUAAAACUGGCCUUGAUAAUGAAAUAAGGGCAAACCAAGGUUCUCUGUCGGAUACUGGGAAUUCCAGCCAAACCCCGGGAAAAAAGUCAGAUGUCAAUACAACUGGAAAAAAGAAACCAAGCAUUCGAAAGAAAAGGAAUAAAAAUGUCAGAAAUAACUUCACUUACAUGUUUAUUACUAUUAUUGUAUUUUAUAUUUUAUCAUAUCUUCCAACACUCGUGACUAUACUCUUGGCAACGAACGAUCCAUUCUAUUUCUGGUAUUCAAUGGAUGUUGUCACUUUGAAUGUUGUAAUGUUAAUGAGAAGAUCAUCUAUUAUUAACCACAUUGUUAAUCCUAUCAUCUAUGGAUACUUUGAUUUAACAUUCAGAAAAGCGUUUUUUAAGUUUCUCAGAAAAAUACGCAAAUAGAUUUAGCAGUAAUAACAAAGACACAAGUCUUAUUUUUGUACAAAAGUAUGCGGAUAAAGUACAAUACAAGGACUCUGAAGGAGGCAUAUUUUUAUUACGGACACGAAUAUAUGUUUAUUUUUUUGACUUGGAAAAUCAUUCUCUGUGCGGAUAAAUUAAAAAAGAUGACCAAACACAUGCAAGUUUAUCUACCCAAACUAAAAUACAAGCAAUGAAAAUAGUUUUUCUAAGUCUCAGUAUAUGUCUUUAUAUAGUGUACCCCGUACAUGUAUAAAUACCUGCCAAACAUCUCAUUGAUAUCCCAAAUCACAAAAAAAAUCGUAACACCUUUUUGUGACAUUUUGAAAAUCUAAUAUAUUUUGGAGAUCUGUGAAAUAAGUUGUAAUGGUUUAUGUUGAAAAAAAAAAACUUUUCUGAUAAUAUUCAAACUAUACGCAUUGAGCUUUAUUACAAAUCUCAGUUAACCUUGGACUUUCAGUAAGGCGUGGAAUAGUCGACGUUAUACGAUAAGCGUGUGAAGUGUAAGCAGCCAAUCAUUCGCUGUUGAAAUAUACAUUCGGACGAAUGUCAACGAGUCUAGCAAUAUUCCAAUGAUAGGUUUUUCGUACGACAAAGAGCUGAAGAGAUGGGGUAAAAGUCGUCUCAUCGCUGUGAACACGAAUUUAAAGUUGUUAAUGUUAUUAAUUUCUUAACCAAUGAAAAUCAAUUUGCCAUUUGAGAGACGCUAAAUAAGUAUUGUCUUUAUAAAAAAGUCCAAGGUUAAGUGAGAACUAAACUAAAUGUGGACUGUAGUAACUUUUGUUUGAUCAACUUGUGGUCGUGUCUGAUGUUGAAACAAAAAUGUAAUAACCAUGUCAGGAGUGCAACAGAAAAAAUGUUUUGUUGACAUUGUUUGUUAAAAUCUGAAAGACAAUUAAUUCAAAAAGAAGUGUACAUUUAAAACUUAUAUAUUCACGCAGCAUUUAUGGGAGUCAAGCAUUAGUCUUGCCCGGCCCCCAGCAUGAAAAAAAAAACUUUUAUCAACAUAAUUAUGAUGUUCUGAUUUUCACUUUGGAAAAUAAAGCCACAAAGAACAUUUUUACCGUAAGAUCUUUCAUGCAAUCACAUGGUCUUUGUUUGUUUCAGAUCUAUAUUUUUC